UACACAUGUCGUUUCUUCAACUUUGUCACCGUCAGUGUCAUCAUUCAGAUUAAUUUAUUAAUGAUUUUUAAUUGUAUAAUAUUACUGUACCGUAUUGAUAGUAAUAGAUCUAGUAAUUUUGAAAAGUGACUCAGAGAUAAUCUAAGGCAAUUUGUUAUUGUAUUUAAUAUUUACAGAAGUGAUAGAAAUUACAAACAAAAAAGGUUAUUCAAGUGAAGUGUUAAGUGCCUGUUGAAGCCUGCAGAAAAAUGCAAUGCUGUAAGUCAAUUCAGCUUGCCAAAAUGUGCCCUACUGCUUUGAGAUCAAUAAUCACUAGACAUAUAUUGUGUGAAAGGCAGUCUCUACCUUCAAUUGUUCUGAGAAGAUCAGCCUAUACACCUAGUGAUUACCUCUCUUCUCAACAUGAUGAAAGCCAAAAAAUAAAAAUUGAUAAAUCAUCAAAAGCUAAAACAAACUCAAAAGAAAGACCUAUUUUUGAUAAAAAGAAGCAGAAUGAUCAUGACUCACACCCAUCAAAUACUAAUGAUGAAAUACCAGUAUUUAAAGAUAUAGGGAAAAAACACGCACAGUAUAAACCUGCAGCUUACUUUGAGAAAGUUUGGUUGAAGCAUCAGUCAAAUGUUGACAGUCCUCAAAACCAGUUGGAAAAUCCAAUUCCUAUGGAAGAGCCAUACAACCAAACUAAAUUUGGGAAUUCUCAAUUAAAAGACAGUCAGCAGUCCUUUGCCUCCAAGAAAGAUUUUAGGGAUCCUAAUGAAAGAAUGGAUGAAGCAUUUCCUGAAGAUGUUGAUGAACCUCGAGACAGAAGACUAGACAUUCCUUUAAGCAGAGAGGGGAGAAUUGGAUUGAGGGCCUUCUAUUAUACAAGAAAGAUGUCUGUUUUAGCACGUCAUGGCAAGAUAAAAGAAGCCAUUGAAAUAUUUGAUGAUUGGAUGAUGUUACGAGACAGAGUUAUGCCCUGCAAACGGACUUUUAUCACAUUAAUUGGUAUUCUAGGUAGAGCAGGAUAUACUAAACGAGCCUUUGAACUGUUUUCACAGAUGCAGAAUUUAGGUCUAGACCCUGUGGAUCACAUUUACACCGGCCUCUUUAAUGCCUGUGCUAAUUCUCCUUCCCAGUCUGAUGGCCUGAGGAGAGCCGAGGAUCUCCUCUUUUAUUUGCAGGACAGAGACAUCCAACCUAACUUGUACACGGUCAAGGCAGCCAUGAAAGCUGUAGCUAUUUGUGGGGAUUUCCCAAAAGCCUUUUUAAUUAUGGAUGAUGCAGCUAAGAGACUUAGACUUGAUACAGAGUGUUUCAACCAUCUACUCAUUGCUUGUGUUUCUGAUAAAGAAAAGGGGUUUUUGAGAGCACUUCAGGUAUGGGGCAAGAUGUCUGAAUAUCGAUUAAAACCUGAUAUACAUACCAUCAACCUUUUCACUAGAUGUGUUAGAGACUGUGGCAUAGGAGAUCCAGCUACAUUUGCUAAAUCCUUAGGAUUAGGUGAAACACCUUUAGGAAUCUCUUCUGAUGCUGAACUGCUUAAAUCCUUGCCUAGUUCCACAAGCUCACCUUUACGUAUUCAGAGAAAAACAAAAUUACUUAAAGAUGGAAAAAAAUCUCCUGAUGUGAUGAAAUCGAAGGAUAAAGAUGUAGAUUCCAAACAACAAAUAAAGCAUGAUGACCUUAAAAGUAAUGAUAUGACGACAGAGACACUUGUACAAAGAGAUCAAAUUGUGGAGCUGAAUGAUUCUCAGACAAACGCUGCUACAUCGGUUAAUCAGGAAAACAAACCACAGAGCAGUACUUUAAAUUCAGAUUUGCUACCAGUUGAAACCUUGCCUUCUCAGCCACAGACUGUACCGCUAGCACUUCUCAAAACUCCUUCAGGUCGACUUGCCCUUCUAGGUGGAAUGAAGAGAAUAUUUUCUCUUCUAAAAGAUUUAAGUAUUGAGCCGGAGGUAAAAACUUUCUCUCAGAUUUUGGCUUGCCUGCCUCAGGAUCACAAAAGUGAGUUAGAAAUGCUUGAAUACAUGAAAGAAAGGGGAGUUAAACCAGACAUUGAUUUAAUGAAUGACAUCAUGAAUAGAUGCUGUAAAAGAGGGGAGUUCUCAACAGUUAAGGAAGUUCUCUCCCUUGUUGGCAGUCUUAAAUUGAUCCCUAACAUGAGGACAUAUGCAGCACUUGCUUUAGCUUGUACUAAAGCGGAACACGCAAUGAGCCUGCUUGAUGACAUGGCGGCUGCUAAUUUAGAACCCAACUCUGAAAUAAUUGGCCAUCUUGUUACUGCUAGUGGUGGCAGUUUUACCUACAAACUAAAAAUGCUGAAACUGUUUGAUUCUUAUGGUCUCAAGCCAACAGGAAAAACUAUAGAGAAGAUUGAAAAAAAUAUUGCUGCAGCAAAGGCUAAAAUCAUAGAAGCUGAAAGGAACAAAGAUACUUCCAGUUACGUCCUUUCUGAAGAUUACCAACGAAGCCUGACUUACUUUCUGAGGUUUUACAAGGUGUGGCUUCAAAGGACAGAGAUAAAGAAAGUGCAAGAUCCACGAGAAAAUUAUAAACCUUUUAUCCCCAAGAAAAAAGUCCCGGACACAAUAGAGAUAUAGUUGUAUGAAAUUAUUUAAUGUACAACCAACCUGGGUGUCUGUUUAUGAUGUCUAGGACAGUUCGGACAUUUUUGAAGAUGUGCUAUGAGAGAUUGACGUAGUAUACUUUUUGUAUUCCUUAAAAAUAAAUAUAAUGAGCAACAUUAAUUUGUUUGAAUUGUG